AUGAACAAUGGGGCGGGGAAUCCCCAGCCCGCCGCCAGGGCGCCGCCCUUCUUCCACCUGCCGCGCCGGCCCUCUGUGACGCCUCCAUCGCAAAAGCCCUCCAGGCCCCGCCCGUCCUCGCCAACCUCACCCGUCUCUCCCACCUCUCCUGCGCGUCCGUCAUCGUCUCGCUCUUCAUGGUUCCACCCCUCCACGCGCCGCCCGCGCACCUCCCCCGGCCCGCGACCCUCGCCUUUCAAGUCGCGCGCGAGCCAGCCCUUCCCCGACGAGCUGAAGCGCGACUCCGGCUUCGCGCCCUCCAUCGCCAGCCCCUCGCACGACGGCGACCACAGCGUGCCCCGCGUCCCCAGCCUGCCUACCAUCGUGGUCCACGACGAGCCCCCGCGCCCCUUGACGGCCAACAAUGCGGGCGAGGUCAACCGCAGCAGGCUGGUCGGCACCGACAUCCCGAAGGCCGACUUCGACGAUCUCGCCGACAACAAGAUUGCCUUUUCCAAGAGAGGUACUUUGCUCCUGAAUGGAAAGAGGAUGAACGAAAUGAUGCGCGGGCCCACGGACAAGGAUGGCGCUGCGCAUGGCUCAAGAGGUGAACACGGCGUUGAGGCUGGUAGCAGUACGAGGGACAGAAAACCGGCAGAUGACGAGGCUUCGGCACCUCGAGAAGGAUCGGCGCCGGAGGCGGCAAACGCAGUAUCGGAGACGGGAUCGACGCAGGAAAAGAUACCGGACCUCGUAAUCCCUCGCCCGCACCCGCACCUGGACGGUCCCCGUGCCGUGAGCAUGAGCGCUGCGACUGCCGACGGCCGAGCCUCGACUGCGGUGUCCGCAGCACCUUCGAGGAGAGCCAGGUCUCUCGCUCCGCGCCGAAGCAUCCCAGGCACGCGCGUAUUGUCCGCGGACGAGACGAUGCUGUCGAAGAAGGUCCGCUUCAUGUACGAGUACGGCGACGAGAGAGCCGCGGAUUGGGCCGUGGAAGAGAGCAUCCGGGAGGACGCGUCGAUCGAAGAAGAGAACCCACCCGACCUGCCCGGGGAAGGUGACAGCUUGCAGAUUACGAAGUCACGAAACAACGGAGAUGCCCUGCGCAGCGCGAGCAUUGUGAGCAAACCGGCCAGUUUGAUAUCAAAAGAACCGAACGAGCUGGCAGGUGGCAUAGAAGAUUGGGAGGACAUCGAAGGUUGCGAGGUCGAUCGAUACGGGUUCAUCGUCGCCAAGAAGUCCGCUCCCACAGAGCAGCGCGAGUCUACGGUCACCUUCGACACGCCCAAGCUCCAGCGCGUGUCCACGCAGCUGCAGCUUGCGUCCGAGGCCCCGAGACGGAAGCGCACCCUCCGCCGCCAAGGAUCGAUCGCCAGGUCUUCGCGGACGAAUUUCAGCGCCCAGCCCAAGCGAAUGUCUUCCAGCAGAUCCCUUCGCCCGGCGGAAUCCAUUUACUCCACCCGGAGCACAGCGUCCGUCCGUUCGAACAUCUUCCGGACCGCGGCCAACAGGCUGCCGCAUAACCGCAGCAGGAGACUUGUUGACGAAGCCAGCGAUAUGCUCACGCUACCCCCUGGCCUCGCUGCUAUAGCCGAAGAAAAGGAUGGCGGGAGGACCGUGGAGAUGAUGAAGCGGAAGGAAUGGCAGAGAGAGGAGAAGUGGCGGAAGAUGGGGAAGCUCGUGGGCAAGUCGCCGAGCGGAGGUGGAAUGCUCUUCGAAUUCGACACCAGAAACCCCAAGCUCAUCGAGCGCACGUGGAAAGGAAUUCCGGACAGGUGGCGGUCCACCGCGUGGUACGCGUUUCUCGCGGCGAGCGCGAAGAAGGACCCGAACAGCGCUCCGGACGAAGAGCUCAUCGAGGCAUUCUACGAACUCCAGGACGACGAUUCCGCAGAAGACAUGCAGAUCGACAUGGACGUGCCCCGGACCAUCAGUCACCACAUCAUGUUCAGGAGACGCUACCGCGGCGGCCAGCGCUUGCUGUUCCGCGUGCUUCACGCCUUUUCGCUCUAUCUCCCCGAUACCGGCUACGUUCAGGGAAUGGCCGCGCUCGCGGCGACCCUGCUCUGCUACUACGAUGAGGAGAGGGCGUUCGUCAUGCUGGUGCGGCUUUGGAAGCUGAGAGGCCUGGAACGCCUGUACCAACACGGGUUUGAAGGUCUCAUGGAAGCGUUGGGCGACUUCGAGAAGUAUUGGCUCGGCGGAGGCGAGGUGGCUCAGAAAUUGGAGGAGCUUGGCGUGCACUGUACCGCUUACGGGACGCGUUGGUACCUCACGCUCUUCAACUACUCGAUUCCGUUCCCGGCGCAGCUCCGUGUCUGGGACGUGUUCAUGCUGCUCGGAGACGCUUCUAUGUCCUGCGACCCAAACAAUUCCUUCCACGCCGAUCUCGACGUGCUGCACGCCACCUCGGCCGCUCUCAUCGACGCGACGCGCGAGAUUCUGUUGGAUUCGGACUUUGAGAACGCGAUGAAGACGCUAACCUCGUGGGUUCCGGUCAAGGACGAGGAUCUGCUCAUGCGCGUGGCAAGGGCAGAGUGGAAGCAGAGAAAGAAGCGAGCCAAGGCAAAUCCUACGACCGGGUAA